AUGAACUCAUUUAUAUUACGCGCGCUUACUAGUCUGAUUGUAUUUGUUCUUAGUACAACAUUAAAUAGUGAAUACGCAUUACAAUGGCACUCUUUAAGCGUUCUUCAUGGAGUUAAGUCGGAACACUUAAAUACUCGUACACAUGUUAGAAAAACACGUCGUUUUCAUGCUGGAACAUCAUUCAAUUCGCACAAAAUCACUGGCAGCUAUAAAUCAUCAAAUGAUGUUGCUAUAUCUGAAAUAUAUGAUCCAUUAUUGGGUGUAUGGAAUAUAAUUGGAAGCAUGGCAGAGGAACGAGAAGCUCAUGCUGCAACUAUACUCAAGUCUGGCAAGGUUCUUGUUGUUGGUGGCGAAAAUCUUUCCGGUUAUUUGACUCAUUGCGAAAUAUAUAAUCCAUCAACUAGUCAAUGGUCUAGUGCUGGAAGUAUGGUAGUACCACGUGCUUACCAUACUGUAACUCUACUUAAUUCCGGCAAAGUUCUUGUCACAGUUGGUAGGACUUUUAACUCGAUUAUUCUAGCUAGUUGUGAGAUAUAUGAUCCAGAUAUGGACACAUGGAGUCUUACGGGAAACAUGACAGCAGAACGUACCCGCCAUACUGCAAUUUUACUCAAUUCCGGCAAAGUACUUGUUACACGUGAUGAUUCUCGUUCUGAAGUUUAUGAUCCAAUAACGGGUAAAUGGAAUUCUCUCGCAAGUAUGGGACCUAUACCACGUUACGAUUCUGUUGGAACUCUGCUCAGCUCAGGCAAAGUUCUACUUAGUGGUCAAGUUCUUGUAAGUGGUGGUGUAGGUGACGCCGAUUAUUUCUCUAGCUGUGAGAUAUAUAAUCCAUUAACGGGCAAGUGGAAUAGUACAAGUGACAUGACAGAAUCACGUUCUUCUCAUACUACAACUCUACUUAGUUCAGGUAAAAUUCUUGCUACUGCCGGUUAUGGAGGUGCUGGUUUUCUAGAUUUAUCUGAAAUCUAUGAUCCAUCAGCACGUACACGGACACGUAGUUAUCAUAGUGCAACUGUCCUUAAUUCAGGCAAAAUCUUAAUUGCUGGUGGUGAGAAUUAG